AUGGCUUCUGUGGCCUCGUGUUCGUCCAUGCUCGUGGCAAUAUGGACGUCGUUGAGUCGCUGCAUCCAGCGGAGGUUCUUUCGUGUCUUUGCCAUCUGUUUCAUCGUCUUUCUCGGCCUUGCUUUCCACCUCACUCACCGUCACCACCAUCCUCAUCACGAGCCUUUCGAGGCCCCGAUCACGAAACCCAUCGUCCACGGCAACCCAGUCGACAGCCUACCGGAGCCCUCGUACGCCCUGGACCCUUUUCCUCAUUCGCCUCAACACCCUCCAAAGAACGGCACCACCGACGGUUCCUCAAAGCCCUGGCUUGCGGCAGUCAUCUCCACAGCCUCAGACAUUGAGCGCCGCAUGCUUAUUCGGUCGACGUGGAUGCGGUUGUUCGAGGACGUCCCUUUUGACGGACGCUUCGUCGUGUCCAACCCUGGGCCGCGGUGGACGGAGGUCGUGGCCAACGAGAACCGCACCUUUGGGGACAUGAUCGUGCUUGACCACAUCGCCGAGGAUGAUGUCACGGCCAACACCAUCAAGACGCUCGAGUUUUACAAGUGGCUCGUCGACCAUGAACUUCAUUACGAGUUCGUCUCCAAGAUGGACACCGAUCUAUGGCUCAACGCCCGCGGCUUUUGGGACCGUUUCCUCUCGCCGCGGCUAUCUACGGACGCCGCCACGGGCGUCCAGAGAAGCACCGUUCGCAAGACCCUCAUCGGCGAGCUCUACUACUCCCCGACUUGGGACCUUGUUUUCCCACACGGGGCCAUGUACACCGCCACCUGGGAUAUGGUCCAGCUCUUGGCCCAUCUUCAGGGCAAGCAAAAUGUGGUUACCGGAGAAGACAUGGCGGUCGCCACCCUCAUGUUGAACGGACGUGAGAGGGCCAGCUUUGUCAACUUCAGGGGCACUGAGAAGUUCGACUACGACGACGAUGACGCCCGCCACGACGGUACGGCGUGGGCGAGGACGAGGACGCACCCUAGCGCCAUCCAGCACGCACUCGUCGGCCAAGACGCCAUUGCCAUCCACCAGCUCAAGGACGAGAGCCUGUGGUUCAAGGUUGCCGAUUGUUUCGACAGGGACGGCGUCAAGCCAGCGCCAAAGACCUCCCAUUCGGAGCCGGAGUCCCAGAAGCCCAUGUCCGUACGUUGGCACGAUUUCUGGUUCUGGAUGGGCGUCUCGGACCGCUACGACGCGAGGUUUGAGCGGAUACCCGACUUCUUGUGGACGAGGGAGGAUGGGCACUGGAUAUGUGAUGGGAUAUGGGACUUGGGGACUACAAAGACGGGGUUUGUGGGAGGGCAAAGCGACUAG